CACCUCCAUCAAUUAAACAUCUUCCUUUCCGUCGACAUCGACAUAUUCCUCUCUUAUAGCAGCUGUAACAUUACAUAACUCUGGGUCUCUUCCGUUAACUUUUAGAGCAAAGCAUAUCCAACAAAAUUUGACCUCUAGAAAUCUGAUUUACGCUUAUCACCGGCCUGACUUGCUAUAUUCCAGUUAUCGUUCUUCCUCAAGCAUGUCCUCUACACUCCUCGCUACUACGAUAGCAUUUUCCCUAUUCUCCUUGACAUCCGCGCACUUCAUGAUCCAAAACCCAGCUCCUAUUCCUGGCUCCGCUCCUAAGGAUCCCCUCGCUGGUAGUGGUUCCGAUUUCCCAUGCCACAGCGCUGAUCUCUUCAAUGUCGGCUCGCGAACUAGUAUGGCUGUAGGUCCCUCGCAGCUGCUCGAAUUCAACCUUGGCAGUGGUGCUAACACUGCCGUCCACGGUGGUGGUUCAUGCCAGCUCAGCUUGACCUACGAGAAAAACCCGGAAAAGCUUAAGGACCCUGCCUCUUGGAAGGUCAUCUAUUCCAUCGUUGAGGGCUGCCCAACUAACUACUGGUGGAAUCUUGACACCGCUAAGAGGUGCGUCCCGGGUUCCGGCGACAUCAAGUGCGUCAACGCAUUCGACUUUACGAUUCCCCCAGGGGUCAAGAAUGGCGACGCGAUUUUCGCCUGGACCUGGUUCAACAACCUCGGUGAGCGCGAAAUGUAUAUGAACUGUGCUGCCGUGUCAAUCACCGGUGGUCAAGACUAG